AUGGAGCCCCAAAACCAGAGCCGAGCCCUGGGCUUUCUGCUCUCUGGCUUCUCUGGCUCCAGAGAGGUCCAGUUCCUGCUAUUCGGGCUCUUCCUGACCCUGUACCUGGCCACGGUGCUGGGGAACUUGCUCAUCAUCCUUAGCAUUGGCACUGACCGCCACCUGCACACCCCCAUGUACUUCUUCCUCGCCCACCUGUCCUGGGCUGACAUUGGCUUCGUCUCCACCACAGUCCUCAAGAUGCUGAAUAACAUUCGGACUCAAAACCCGGCUAUUUCCUACCGGGGCUGCCUCAGCCAGAUUUUCUUCUUCAUCGUCUUCGGCUGCCUGGACAACCUCCUCCUGACCGUCAUGGCCUACGACCGCUGUGUGGCCAUCUGCCACCCAUUGCACUACACGGCCAUCAUGCACCCUCAGCUCUGUGGCCUAUUGGUUUUGGGGUGCUGGGGCCUCAGCGUGCUGGCUUCGCUCCUGGAAACUCUACCCGUGUUGAGGCUGGCCUUCUGCACCCACAGGGACAUCCACCACUUCUUCUGUGAUCUCCCCCAGGUGCUGAAGCUGGCCUGUUCAGACUCGCUGCUCAACCAUGUUGUGGUAUAUGCCACCACGGCCCUCCUGGGUGUGGUGCCCUUCAAUGCCAUCUUGGUCUCCUACUACCGGAUUGUGUCGGCCAUCCUGAGGAUCUCAUCGGCCGGGGCCAGAUCCAAAGCCUUCUCUACCUGUGCUUCGCACCUCCUGGUGGUCUCUCUCUUCUACGGAACAGGCCUCGGGGUUUACCUGAGCUCGGCAGCCACUGUGUCAUCCACCCUAAGUCUGGUGGCCUCAGUAAUGUAUACCAUGGUCACACCUAUGCUGAACCCCUUUAUCUACAGCCUGAGGAACAAGGAGAUGAGGGGGGCCCUGGGUAGGCUCUGGCAUCUCUUGCUUCCUCCCCAGACAGGCACCAAGCUCUCAUAA